AUGCCAUCUAACGAUAGUGUCACGAGCCGCUCCGCGUCCACAGGCGCACCGUCGAAACCAACGGGAGCAAAACUCGCGAGAAAACGACCGCCAUGGGCACUGCACUGGAGAAGCUCGAUGUGGUUCAUCACUUUGGCUGUGGGAAUAGGAGUAACGACUGAUAUCUUGGUAUAUUCAAUGAUUGUGCCAGUACUCCCUUUUCGUCUCCAAGAUCUCGGAUAUGCGGACGUAUCCGGUCUCGUUGGCUGGCUGUUGUUUGCCUAUUCCGCAGCUAUAGUCAUUUCAACCCCUUUCAUUGCUUACCUCUCAGAACGGUUCAAGAACAGGAGGGUACCUCUGCUGUGCGGUCUCGUCGCCCUCAUCGGGUCGCAAAUCAUGCUCAUGGAAGCGCCGACGUACUGGGUCAUGGCUCUCGCACGAGUCUUGCAAGGAAUCAGUGGGUCCGUGAUCUGGGUAGUCGGUCUGGCCCUUGUCUGCGACACGGUCCCAGAAGCUGUCGUUGGUAAGCAACUGGGAUUCGUCAUGAUAGGAAUGUCCCUUGGCUUCCUGGUCGGUCCACCAGUCGCGGGUGCCCUAGACAACCGCUUUGGCUUCCGUGGGCCGUUCAUAUUCGGAGUCAUCGUCACGAGCAUCGAGUUCAUAUGGCGGCUGCUCAUCAUCGAGCGUAAGGAUGCAGUUCAAUGGGACGCCUCGCUCGGCUCUUUGGUCGAGAGUAGUAACGCCGCACGGGAGCGCGUAGUCGCAUACGGAGCGACGACCGAGGCGCGCAAAAGCGAAGAGCGCACAUCUGAGGUCCCAACCCAAACAGUCAGCGAGAAUGGCGCUGUCGUCGCUGAAGCUGCCAGCCGCGUAUGCGCAGCCCUUCCGGCUGCAACCGAUGUCGAAUUUCAAGCGCAACUGUCUAUCCUGGGCUUACUUCUCACAUUAAUCAAGUCGUCGAGAGCAAUGGCUCCAGUGUUGCUGACUUUGGCAUAUGGAGUUGUUAUGACAAGUCAGGAGCCUGCACUCCCCUUAUAUCUGCAUUCCGCAUACAGUUUUGGCGUAUCAAAGGUCGGUCUUAUAUACAUCGCAGCCGUAGUUCCGUCGUUUAUAUCAUCGCCCUUGGCUGGUUGGUACGCCGAUCACAGUGGGACGGUCACGAGCACUCUCAUUUGCCUCCUCUGCUCCCUCCCUUUCUGGAUCCUGAUCGCCUUCAAGGGCAACGUCGCGUACUUUAUCGCGAUGUUCGCCUUCCUCAACUUCUUCGUAGCCGCUCUAGUAUCCCCAAUCACGGCGGAGCUGGCCGCUGUCACUCGAAGUCUCGAAGGCGUUGGAUAUGGCCACGUCUAUGGUGCCUUCAAUAUGGCGUACGGGGUAGGCUCCGCAGUGGGGCCCGUCAUCGGUGGUCAAUUGUAUGAUCACGUUCCAAGGGGAUGGAUGGCGAUCUGCCUUUUUGACGCGGGAUUGGUCGUCAUCUGCACGUUCAUUACAGUAUGCUUCUUCGGCGACCCUACAGCACUGAGAAGCAUUUCGACCUAUCUUCGCACUCGCCGGAGAUGGAGCGAACAACGCAAUGGAAUGACAGCGGCAUGAGGAGAUAUAGAUAGUUUGGACAACACCUUAAAGAGAACCUCCGCUUUAACAGUGGAUCAAGACACAAUUAUGUCAUAAUGUAGAGCGAGUGAGACGUGCGGCGCAGAAUGUGGGAAUUGAUAGAAUCAACUGGAUGGCGUGCGCCUGAUUGACGUGUAUGCGUGAGAGCAGAGCAGUCGGGGAUAUAUGGCUACAUAGCUGUCUUGUUGGUAUGCGAGUAAUAUAAC